GUGCGGAAGGUUCGCGCCGCGGCCUGGGGAAAGAGCGGGCGCGAGGGCCGUCGGAGGCGCUGCUGCGCCGGGGAUGGCGAGGGGGCAGCAGCACGAGAGCGGCUGCCUGGAGGAGGAGGAGGAGGAGGAGUGUGACGGAGGAAGGGGAGGAGGACGGCGACCAGAAGGGGUUGGCGCUUCAGCAGGCAGCAGCAGCAAGUGACCUAGCUGGCUGGCUGCCGCCCUCCUCCUCGGCCAAGACCAGCCCCGGCAGCGCCCAUUCGGGGACGGGAGUUCGCGUGAACCGUCCCCAGCGGGGCCCCCGCCCGGUCUCUCUUUGCGCCCGGCACUCCAGGCUAAUUCUCUCCCGCCUCACUCAGCACGCUCGCUUCUUGCCCAGCGCCAUGGCGGCGGCGGCAGCGGCAGCAGCAGCAGCAGGCGAGCCUAGCAGCGGCGGCGGCCGAUACCAGCAGGUGAGGAAUGCGCUGGGCAGGACGGAGCACGGCAGCGCCGAGGCUUCUUAGGCCGCGGGAAGCGAAACGAAGAAGGAGCUUGUGGGGAUCUGGGGGGGGGGGAGAGGCUGCUUGUCUACGACCCACAUUGAAGACGUGGAAGCCGAGCCCGGAAGGAGCGGGGGAAUCGCUCUCUGCCCCCCCCCGUCACGGGCCUAAUCUUGAUUUUUUUCCUAUCUACUCCAGAACAGGGUGGUCCCCUCUCCCCGUCUCCAGCUGCUGCUGCUGCUUUGGCCCUUUAUUUGUGGGGCCGUUUCAUCUGUUUUCCCGCCCCCUUGCUUCGGAUCGCCCACCCCGGUUCCCCCUCCCCUUGCUUCUGAAGGCCAGAAGCGGAAGCCGCCCCGAUGAGAAGACGGCGGGGAGGCCCUUUGGCUCGGGGAUACGAGGCCCUAAGUUAAGCCUCCCUUCGCUUUGCUGGGGAGGGACCGUGUUUUUAAGAUCAGCGAGUUGCCCGGCUGCCUUCGCAUUCCCACCCUCGACAGUCGGGUCAUUAAAGGCAGAGUAGCAGGGGGUAUAAGUGCCCCCCCCCCGGCCUUUCAGUGUGUACUUGCUUAUUAUACGGGGAUUUUAACCAGCCUCGAUUGCCAAUGAUGCGGAGAUGGCUUGGUAGUUAUCCCGGAUUAAUUGACAUCGAAUACAAUGAAAAGAUCCUGAAAGCAAUUCGAUCCUGGCGUUUGUCACCUCCACCCCCCCCCCCCGCUCGCCAAUCCCGAGUUUUCCAAUGUAAGCAGUAAAAAUCCAGCAGCACCAGUUUGCGGGCGUUUGUUGUUUUUAGGUUAAGGGGCGUUAUGCAUUCCUAUGAUCCUUAAAUGUUCACAAUGUUGAGAUGUAAACACAGCCUCCCAGCCCACCUUGUGCCAGGGUUUUCCAAACUUGGGCCUCCAGCUGGUUUUGAACUACAGUUCCCGUCAUCUCUGACCACUGGUCUUGCUAGCAAGGGAUCAUGGGAGUCGUAGUCCAGAAACAGCUGGAGGCCCAGGUUUGGGAAACCCCAAAACACUCAUGAAUUCCAGCAUUUGGGAUUGUGUUUUGUAAUUCCAAGGUCUCUUCUGUCCAAAACUCUGAAGACAAUACUGAACUAGUUUGACUAGUGGAAUCAGUACACAGUAGCUUCCUAUUUUGAUUAAAUUUGCAAAAGCAAAAGUUGACAUUUGCAGAAAAGAAUUGGUGGUGGGGUGGCAUUCCGUGGAUAGUUAUACAUUUUCAGCAUAUUUCCUCUUCAUGGGAAUUACAGAAUUUCCAGUGCUUCAGUAAAUUUAGUGCUCUGAAAAGGCCCAAACUGUCACUGGGAUGCCUUUGUUUAUGCUUUCCUGAGUGCAGUUGGUGGGAGCCAAGGAGAAAUGAUAGUUGUUAAUCUUUGUUUGCAACCUAAAUAUAUGGAAGCAGGGAGAUUUCUAUAAGUGGGUAUCUUCCCACUAACAACCACAUAUAAAAAUAACGAUGCAGCUUUUUGUUUUUACUUUACUCUUGUUUUAAUCGGUUGGUUUUAUGUUUUGAGUUGACCCUUUCCCUGUUUAUUCCUGGACUGAAAAUUUCAAGGCAACAAAUGGUCGUCUAUUAGUGCCUUUUUGAGGACAUUUUUUUGGGGCUGAACAAAUAAUUACUCAUAAUUUGCUUACUCAGCAGUUUCAGAUCCCUAUUGAAGGGAGUCUUGCAAGCAAAGCUAGAUUUCUCAGGUUAGAGGGAGGAAAUUUAUUUUAUUUGGAAUUAAUGCUUAUACAUGUAGUUUAGCAUACAGUAUGCUAGGCCUAAAAAUGACUCUGUCUUCCUUGCAGCGACAUAAAAUUUAGAUGUGUCUGAUGAGUGAUUGAUGAUUAGCUCUAGAAGACAUGCAUUUCUGUGAUAGCACAUGGCCUUUUAACACUCUUAGUUGUGUGGUAUUUUGUUAGAGCACAUGAUUGUUGGCACUAGAUGACAUUGUUGGAAAGAGAGAUAAGCGCUCUUCCCUCCUAAUAUGAGCUCUAGCUGUGUUAGCACCCUAUGCUCAAAAUUAUGGAAUUUUUCAGAUUUAAUUAAUGUAUUCUACUUUUUAUUUCAUUUCUGCAAAUUCUGUAAACAGGUCCCCACACCCCAUAUUUUCAGCCAUGCUUCACCAGAUGAGGAUUUGAGUUUGAAUUUAUAAAUUUAAUUUGUUAGGAUUCUGAGAACAGUCUCCAGACUACAUAUUGCCCACCACCAGCAUAAAUGAUGGUCCUAACAUUACACUUUGUGAGGGAAACAUAUUAAAAUUUUCAGGACAGAAUAUUAGUUACUAACAAUAAUUAGUAUCAGUGAACGUGAACAUUCUGGACUACUUUGUUUUUUAGUUACUUGCAUAUUCUGUUCAAGGAACUUGGCAAUAUACAUGGAGUUUCCUCUUAAUUUUUUCUUACAAUAACUCUGUGAUGUAGGUUAUGCUGAGAGCUAGUUACUGAUCUAAGGUCACCAAGUGAGUGUUAUGGUUGUAUGGGAAUUUGAACCUAUGUCCAAUUCCCAGCAAUGUCUACUACAUUACACUAGAUCUUCUACCAAAUCAUGCAGCACCUCAUAGUAUAUAUUUCAGAUUUUGAUUUUGUAUCUGUUUCUUCAACUUCCCUGUUGUACCUCAGAUUUGGGCCUCUCAAGUGGAAAUAAGAUGUUUGACUUAUCUGCAGCUUAUACAGUUCAUACUGUAUUGUUGUUAAAAAAGAUCCAAGAGGUUAUGCAUUACAUAUAGUUUUAUUGUUAAAAAUGAUCCAACAGGUUAUACAUUUCAUAUUCUGUGGCUGUUAAAAAAGCUCUACAAUUUGUACAAUCAAUAACAGUAAAAUUGAUUGGGUGUUAUCUUCUUUCAUUAGUGGUACUUAGCAAAGCUUGAAAAAAUAGGACUGCUUAUCCUGUAGUUGUUUUCCUACCAUGCUUACCUGUCGAAUUUAUUACAAUUUUUAAAAUGUAAAAUGUACCCUGUUGGGUUGAACCCUACUAAAAUUUCUGGAGAAAUUAAUGUGAAUAAGGACUUGCUGCUGGUGCAUGAAAAGCCCAAGUAAAUGUGAUAUAGGGUACAAUCCUAUGGUCCCUCACAGGGUGUCCUGAGGGUGAGCAAUGGGAUUUUGGAAAUCUCCUCUGUGGGAAGAGUAGAAGGCCUAUUCAUUGCAACUGUAGAAAACUGCAGCUGUCUCUCUCCAGUGGCGGAAAGGACAAAAAGGAGACAUGUUGGGGAUGGAUUAGAGGAGGUUUAUUUUCUCUUUAUUUUCUCUCCUGUGGUAUGCAAUGGGAUGAAAAAACUUGAAUAAAGAAAGCUGUUGACAGUAGGUGUGGGGGGUAAAAUGUCAUGUGCCCUUCGCAGCAUCAGCCUGGCAAGGUUUGGGAUUUGGCAGUUCACCCAGCCUUGAUUGCCCCUCCCCAGACCAGGUAGGAUUAUUCUGAAAACUUAAACAUAUUAUAGAAUUAGCCACACUGAAUUCAGUUAUUUUAUAAAAACAUGCAGUGUGAUGAUGGUAAGUUUCCAUUUUAACCUUUUAAUGUUGCACAGUCAAAUUUCCAUGGUGUUUUAAAAGAUCAUACAAUCAAAAUUACCAACCACCAGAGCCUUGAUAAAAGCUUGCAUUGAAAAGAGAGAGAGAGAAAUGAAGGAAAAGGAAAGAGAGGACAAAACACAAAUGCGAUUUUGUAAAUGUGUGGCCCUCCAGAGGUUGUUGGACUCCAACUCCCAACAGCACCAGCUAGCAUGACCAAUAGUCAGGAAUGAUGGGAACUGUAGUCCAACAACUCCUGGAGAGCCGCAGGUUCCCCCAUCCCUGGAAUUAAACAUCAGUGUUCACAAUUCAGAUUUCAGUAUCAACCAGUUCUACAGAAUUUUGUGAUUCCAGAAUAUAGUGUACUACAAGCAGAGUAGAGCAAUUAGAUCUCAUUUGAUUGCAAGAUGACCAAGUCCUGCCAAAAUGAUGUACUCGCAUAAUAUAUCAAGAGUAAAGAUCAGGAUUAAAAAGGAGGGAAAGGAAUUGCUGGACUAACAAAUUGAAUUGGAAUACAAAAGAGGGAGGUAUGAGGAGGUCCGGGAAACAAGUAAACGUAAGAGAAGCGAUGGAAAGAUGGAAUUGUUUUUAACUGUUUUUUCUUUUUUGUAUUUUGUAUUUUUCUUUCUUUAUUGUUAUUUUUCUUAUUAAUGUAAUCUUUUUCUUCUGAAACUUUAAUAAAUAUUAUUUAAAAAAACAAAAACAAAAUGAUGUACUCGCAAAGAAGACACAUGCUGUUCUUACACCACAAUCCUAUGAAUGCUUGUGACCCAUGUGAAGUAGGUACGCAUAGGAUUGUCGUUCAAAAUGUAGUAGAUAUUUAAUAUGUUAAUAUCCUAGCUGGAAUGACCUUUUAAACUGGGGGGGUGGGGGUAUUGUUUUUUGUUUUUUUUUACUAUGUUACAUAUAUUUGUGUUUUUAUAUUGUAAACUGCCCUGUGAUCCUCAGAUGAAAGGUGGUAUAGAAAUUAAAAUAACAACAAUAACAAUGGUUAUAUAUCCAAUUUGAUUUGUCAAUGAUAAGUUCAAGUUGGAGCAAGUGUAAAGAACUAGAAUGAGUGCAGAACUGAUGUGAGGCCCACAUCCUCAGGCUGAGGCAGCAUAGAAGGGUGUGCUGAGAUAUCCUCACAGAGUAGACUGACUCAUGAGGUGUCUGAAUCUGAGGUCUCCUCAGGCAACACUGGGAUCCUGAACAUGGCAGUGGCCUGCCCACUGGAAGUCAUCACUCUUCUGCCACUCACUUGCUUAGAUGUAAUUCCUUAUUGUCAGUGACUGGCAUAGUGCACAUUUAAACUUCAUAACAGUUUUAGUACAUAUAAAAGCAACUGAUCUUUACAGAUCAUUUGGAAGGUAAUAAUGUGGAAUGAUUUAAAAUAGUGUAGAGGCAACAUCUGGGGAUGAGGUACCUAGAUGUUUCAAAAUGGCUGAAUGUUGAAAAAUGAAAGACAUCGGCUAGAAAAUGACAAAAGAUGUGGGUAGGACUGGUGAAAUGAGGCUUUUACAGUGUGGGUGUGACCCUUCUUAUUUCUUUCAGCAUUGAACAAAUGACAAUCUAGGUGACUUCUGCUUCUGUUUGAUGUGUGUGUCUUCCUGUUGUGUCAUUUAAUAAUCCUUAAUUGGCAGCAUCAUGUAUACUGCCUCACCUACAGGAGGUAGCUUCCAUAAACUGGAGCAAAUCACCUUGCUCUUCAGCAGGUAUUUUUCUAAAUGUAGUAGUCAUAUACAGCUAUGACAUAAAGUAAAGAGGCACAUUGAUGAGGAUAUAUGGUUCAGAAAGCUAGAGCUAAUAAAGAAAUGACUGGCAGUAAUCCUCAGAUGUAAUAAUACAUUACCUUCAUAUGGAUUGAGAUACAUGGGUUGUAUUUUACAUGCUUUGUUGUGAAGUGCUAAUGGUGUAUUUUAAACAUGCCUAGUAGAGAUCUUUUGAGAACUCCCUUAUGUUGCCAUAGCAACAGGAUGAGAUUUGAGGAGUGGUAUCUCUAGAGGCUCUCAUGAUUUGUCAUUCUGGGACCAGUAAUUAAUUUUUGUACACAAGUUAAGGCAAUAGUAUUCAGAAAUAGAAGCCUAUGUUUAAUAUUCCAGCUUUCUUUGAUAGUUUUGGUAUGAAGGCUUGCAUUGUUCUAGAUAUGUACAUAAGCAGUUGUAAGGUAAUGCCUGUAUUGAUUCUGCUGUUGCAUGCGCAUGAGAGGUUUGUUGUGUUAAAACUCUUGAGGAAUAAUGGAUUAGCUUUUACUAGAAGGAAUGAAAGAAAAACAUAGGUUAGGAAAUAUUGACCAUUCUUCUAAUUUAAUUGGAGUUUAAAUGCCAGUUGUUUGUGUUUUGUUUUGUUUUCCCUUUCUACAUUGCUUUGUGAAUGUGAAUAUGAAAAUUGUAAUGGCCUGACCUUUUUCUUUUCAAAUAAAGAAGCAUCCUAAUGGCUAGUGAACCAAGUACCCAUUUUCCAUUAAAAUAGAAUAAACCAAUCACAGGUUUGUUUACACAUUCUAAUCUGAGUAAUUUGAAUAAGAGUAAGAGGCGCAAAUACCUAAUGAAAAGGCCACAUCAUUUUAAAAUGUCAUGAAUAGUAUCAGAAUUAAGGAGUACCUAGCAAAAAAAUGUACUCAGAAAUUUACGCAUUUUCAUAUUGAGCUAGAAGGAUUAUAGAGCAGUCCUAAGAACAAGGUGAGUGGAAAGUGAAGUGGCAGAUAUUCCAGCACCUCCCAGGCCCUGGUGACUUGUCCUGGCCAAGGAAUGAGAUUGGGUGGGUGUUCUCUUCAUUCUGGUAGUUUUUCUUCUUGUUGUUUUUAAUUCCCUGCAUUGGUUUAUUUUAUAUUGAGAUUUUUUUAUUGGUUCUUUGUUUGCUUGUGGGGGUACUAUACCAGGUCCAGAUUGGUAUGGUUGAUGGGCCUGGAUCUUGCAGCCUCUUGGAGAAGCAGAGGGCCUUCAGAUUCAUUUGACUCCUGACGUCCUCUACUGCUGGAAUGCCUUGUUUCAGGGCCUGCUUCUGGCAGAAGUACUGCCAGUGGUAAAUUUAUGCCUGCAGAGCUUCUGUGAAUGGAGGUGCCUCCCUUUGGUGGUGCUCCUCUCCACUGGUAGAUGGGGCACCAAUUCUAACCCCUUAGAUUCAGCAGACAUGGGGGGUUAGGAUUGGUCUGUUUUGCCCUAUCUCCAUGUUUUAAAGGAAGAGUAAUUAACUACUGGCCCAUGUGCCUGAUCUGACCCAUCAUAAUGUUUUUGACAGCCUUCCUGCCCUGAAUACAAUUUUCUGUGGGUGCUCAACAGCAAAGCACCCUUCCCUUUUAUGAUGUUAUUUUAACUACCAUUGGGAACAGAAAAGAGCACUCCAGAAACAGGAAGGAACUCUUCCAGCCUUUCUCAACCUUGGGUCCCCAGAUGUUGUUGAACUACAACUCCCAUCAUCCCUAGCUAGCAAGGCCAGAGCUCAGGGAUGAUAGGAGUUGUAGUCCAACAUCAUCUGGGGACCCAAGGUUGAAAAACACUGCGCGGCUGUUCCAAUGUUUCAUGGCCCUUUUGUUAUCACCUGCACUUGGGAAACAUUAUAGCAAAUUGGAGUGCUGCUUCCUUUUUCUGGAGCACUCUGAGCUGCUCUCAGUGAUGGCGAAGAAGAGAGGAUGAGCAGGGUUUGAGAAAGAACCCAUGCAAAGAUAAAGCAGAUGGAAAAAAGAAGAGUGUGCAACAAAUGAAAAAAGCAGGACUAAUGUGAGAUAAGAAAAGAAAGGUAAGGAGGAGCAUUUAAAAGUAGCAAGUCAAACUGAAUGCUGCCUGGAGCCAAUGAAUAAAAUAUUACAAUGAGGAAAUGUGAUCAUAGUGACAUGGGCAUUACAUUAACCAGGUGGUCAGAUUUUGAUCAGAAGUUAAUGGAGAAAGAUGGAAAGGGAAGACCUGAUAGUAGAAUAUAUUGCAGUAGUAUAGAUCAGAAGUGGAUUCUAGUCAUGCCAUUAUUAACUGACAGAAAUAACAAGAACAAAGAGAGAGCCAGUUUCGUUUUUGAAUCUCUUGUAAUUGGGCACUUUUACAUACAAAUUAUGCUGUUGGAGGAGAGUGCUGUGCUGAUAUUUUGCCACAAUCUCCGCUGGCAUGCGAUUCUGGAAAGGGUUGCCUUGACCCUUGGGCAGAAAAGGUUAGCCACCUCCAUUUUAAAGUAAACCCACUUCACCAGUUGCAAAAACACAAAACAGUCAUUAUCCUGGUUACCCCAAACUUUGAGCAGGCCUUAUUUUCUACCUUUCUGUGUUCCUCACCAUCCAGUUGCUAAUUCUCAAAAAAUAAAACCGUAUUGCAAGUGACAACUGGCCAGUUUUAUGCUAUUAGAGCAGCAUUUGUUCAUGUAAAAGUGUAUGAUAUGAUCUUCCUACUAUGUGAAUCUUUACUGUGCUAAUAAGCACUUAGCUGAUUUUAGAUGGCUGGCAUUGUUGAAAAAGAGGCUGUGUGCUUUGUCCAUUAAGAGGAGGAUCAUUUUCAUGUUGCUGGCAAGAUGUAAUGUUGAGUCUUGGAAUUUAUAGCUUGCCUCUUAAUAGAACAACUGAAUAGGAAGGAAGGAAGGAAGGGGCCUGUAAGGAGAGCCCAUGUAACUUUCUGGACUUUGAAAAAUGUAUUGCAUCUAAAUUACCUAGACUUUGGUGCAUUAUAAAUAUCAUGGCAAAAUAACAAAAUUGCAGCAUAUUAACAGAAUAAUUCAACACCACUAUUAUUUUACUCUCAUUUUCUCCGUGUGUGUGUGUGUGCGUGCGUAUGCACACAUAUAACUAUCAGCAUCGGUGGAAUUUGCUUGAAUAAAAAAGUAAAAAAAACUUAUUUUACUCUGCAUAACAGAAUUGUCAGCAUGUUUUCUUGGUUGUUAAUCUCCACCUUUCCUCCUCCUUCAUUCUGCCAUUCUUUCUAUCUGAUAUUAUUAUGUCACCUUUUCAAUGGUUUCCCAGGGUUGACACUUAAAUCUUAAAUGAUCUCCCCACCCCCACCCCGUUCACCUCCAGCAUGCCUUUCCUUCUUGCAUCUAGAAUGCAAAAGCAGCAGUUCUCCCAUUUCCCUAGGGGAAUUACCUUAACCAUGUCUGUGGCAUUUCUUCUUUCAUUGCGUGCACGGCCUCAGAUUUCAUUCUCACUUCUUUCACAGGUUCUUCUGACUGUUUCUUCCUGUUCACAGAAAUAUAUUCAAAGUAAUCACUUCUCAUUUAUCUAAUGGCUGUCCAUUUUUUUGCAAAUGUAUACAACAUGUAGCUGCUCCAGUACCAUAACUCCUGUCCCUCAUAGCUAUCUAUCAGAACCAUAGACCAAAGUUAAUGAUUGCAACUGGUGGUCUGCAAGCCAAGUCCUGGUCUGCCAUUUCCCAUCUGCAACCACCUUCCCCUCUCACCCCUCCCUUAUUUUUCUGCCACACCAUCAUUGCUCUUUUUGGGUGGUGCAGGAAGUAGAGAUGAUUUCCAGCUUAGGAGCAGUCUUCCAUGUUCUUCUGGGUUAACUGGAAGCUGAGAGGGGGAAGGAAACACCAGUUUGAGAGGCAUGGCCUUCCACUUCAGCCUAGUCAUUCCACAAUUCUUGCUGCAAACAAUUGCUUUAUGCCAGGAAUGGUUGACUCAGACUGCUCUCUGCUCCUGUGGUGUCACAGGCUUUGUUGUGCACCUUGAGAAGGAAGGGAGGCAACCAAACCCAUCCCUCCUUCACCACUGUCACCAAGCAGUUCCUAUUUUUCUUUAAUUGGGCCAGUAUACUUCCUUUAUUGAGAAGAGUCAUAUGGCACUUAAGUGUGAGGUGAAUAACAAGUUCUCAACCGAAACAAACUGUUCUUUUAUCUCAGAGUUUUUGUAAAGCAUCAGACAAAUAAUUUUUUGGAAAACUAUUUUAGAGAAAAGAAAACUAGUUUAGCAUUUUGCUUAGUUACCUAUAAAAGCAUAUAAAAAGAAACACAUAAACACAUCCAACUAUUCUAGAGACUGUUUUUCUAACCAAGCCAAUACUUAACAAUUUAUACUCUAUAGUUGAGUUUCUAGGUCUCUUGGCAUUCUUUAAAGCUGUCUAGGUCUGUUAGCUCUUUCUCUUCAAUUCUUCAACCACAGCUCUUCAGCUCUCUCCCUUACUAUUCUGUAGCUUUACUUAUAUACAUCAUUUUCUGUCCCCUCCUAACCUUUUAACCAAAUCACAAGGAGAAUUGAGUCCUAGUUAUAUUUCUGUUUCUCCUUAAUUGCUUACUCGCUAAAUGUUGGGUCCUUUGUUAAAUACUGCAGUCAAUAUAGGCUGUACAGUGGUGCCUUGGGUUACAUACGCUUCAGGUUACAUACGCUUCAGGUUACAGACUCCGCUAACCCAGAAAUAUUGCUUCAGGUUAAGAACUUUGCUUCAGGUUGAGAACAGAAAUUGUGCUCCGGCGUUGCAGCAGCAGCAGGAGGCCCCAUUAGCUAAAGUGGUGCUUCAGGUUAAGAACAGUUUCAGGUUAAGUACGGACCUCCGGAACGAAUUAAGUGCUUAACCCGAAGUACCACUGUAGUUAGAACAGACAAUGCUUCCCUGAGUUAGAAUGUAACAGGGACCUGUGGAAAGUUCUAAAAUGAAAGUGGAAGCUUUUGUUCUCCUCCUUCCAUUUAUGGAGGAAGAGGGGAGAGAGUGCCCAGGAUUAAAGUUCACACAGGCUCUUCAUCAUAACAGAAAUUAUAUCUGAAUCAGCAGUUAAAACCUGUACUUGGGCACUCAGGAAGUUGCCUUCUACUGAGUCAGAGCUGGUCAGCCUAGCUCAGUAUUGUCAACACUGACUGCUAGUGGUUAUCCAGUGUUUCAGGCCAGGAGUCUUCUUUCCCACACCUACCUGGAGAUGUCAGGCAUAGAACAUGGGAUGUUUUUCAUGCAAAGCAUGUGCUCGGCCACUGAGCUACAGCUUUUCCUCUAAGGGCCCCUUCAGUGUAAAAAAGAGAACAUUCCCUCCUGAAUGUAAAAUAGAGAACUAUGGGGAGAAAUUACACACGAUUCGUUGCCUUCUAUGGUUGUGGGCAUAUAAUCCAGGAGAUACGGUAUUGUAACUCCCCAGAUCCAUAGAGGCAAUAUUUAUUUAUUUAAACAAAUCUGUGGAUGACCUUUUACUCCAGCUAUCUGAGUUCGUCAGUGUUGUAGAAUAUUUGUGACCCUUACCAACCAAACAGCAUGGGCAUUUACUUUCUAUCUCAUGGAGAAACAUUGUUUUGCCAUUGCUUUUUAACAAUUCUGGAUACCUACAGCUCCAUUCUAUGCAUGUUACUCAGUCCCAGUUUAUUCAGUGGAACUUAACUUUCAAAUAAAUAUGCAUAGGAUUGUAAACUUAGUCUUAUGUAUCUUAUCAUAAACUUAGUAUAUGAUCUUGCUCAGUAUCCUUGCAAAUGUACAAAGAGAACUAACCAUACUCCUUUUUCUAAGUAGUCACAAUUCUGUUGCACAAAGAUGCAUGAUCUGUUUGGUCAAAUGUUCUGGAUUAUGCUCCCAUGUUAUAUAAAGACUCCGUUGAGUUGCAAAUCAGUACAUGUAAUUGCUACAGUAGCCAGAAAGUAUGCAUCCUUGUUUAGGAAAAGUAUAAUUUUAAAACUGGAAACUUGACUCAGUUAUAUAAAUUUUCUGGGAGGGGAACUGGGGAAUUAAAUUGUGAUUUAAAUCAUUGAUUAAAUGUUCUUAAUUUAUGAAACAUCUAUACACCAUUUAAAACAUUUUGAAGUAUGUUUAUUAAUAGGAAGAAUACUCUGUUGGCAUCUAAUUUCUGCAGCCACAGUUGAAAUUAAUCUGACUUCUUUUUAUCUAUGCCUUUAAGAUAAAAAAUGUGCACUUUUCAUCUUGUCCUUGCCAUGUUAAAACCAAAAAUGUCUCUGUUUAGUUGCAGAAUGAGGAGGAGCCUUGUGAGAACCUGCAAAUUGUAAAUGAUUUCCCACCACCUUACAGCAGCAUUUCUGGGGAGAACGCAGGUAUUUUAUUUUUUUUAAAUGCUCACUGAUUUUCAUUAGUUAAUUAUCAUUGCUAAUGGUUGGAAGGAUAGCAAAGUUAUGUGCAGGCAACAAAUUCAUGGGAAAAUAAUGUGAUUUCAUAAACCACCUUUCUUGGCUCAUCUUACAUUCCUGAGUGCUCUGUCUUAGCAUAGAGAGGAAGGUAGCAUUUCAUUCUGUUGCCAAUUUAUAUUAUACUGCAUUUGUGGCUAUAAAACUUGAUGCUAAUGGUGUGUGUAUCAGGAAAGGGAGAGGGAGAGUUUUUUUGCAGCUGGGUGACUGGUCUGCUCUACGUAGUGUUGUGGACCCAAAAAUUCUGUUGCCACCUCUGAACAUACUUUGAAACCAUGGAUAAUUAACUUCCGGGUUAGCGCCUCCGGCAAUGGCGGAUUUCCUCUGACCAGGAGGAAUCCGCUUCGUGGAAAUUAGGGUCUGGACCACCACGGCGAGGCGGAGACCCAUUAAAAACCACAGGCGGGAGAAGCCUGUGGACGUGGGAUUCGGCUGGCACCUUUUGCGCCUCCCCUACUCGCGGGGAAACCCAGUUUCGGGAAUCCGGAGCGACGUGGGGUGAGCGGUGCGGUGCUUCGAAUCGAUUGCUUUUUUCACGAAGUGAAGCCGCAUUGCUGUUGCCGGAGAGCGCUGACUUUUUCCUGUGGACAAUUGGACUUUAAACAACUACCCGUGAGUAGAACGGAAAAUUGGAUUACUAAACAUCUUUAAUUUGGCACCGAAGCGAGAAGGUUCCAAACAGGAAGUCCGCCUUCCGCUUUUGUAAAUAGAUUGAAGCAAAGACAUUGCAAGCUAAAGUCUGGAAAGUCUUUUGUAAAGGAUUAAAUCUCCAUCGGCUAAAAUUACUAAACCCCCCUUGGAAGCAGGAGAAGAGGGGGAAAGUUUAGAUUGUUUAAGCCUGCAGGAGAGAGAGUGAAGAAAGAUAAAUUACCACCGUUUUGAACCUGGGAACGGGCUGCCAGGGAGCGACGUAUUGGGAAAGUUCAUUGACUGUGAAUAAAACGUAUGUUGACAGAUAGUUAAACAAGAGAAACAUAUUGAUUCCAAUGUUUCCUUUUGCACUUGAAAGGAGUAAAAUAUCUGAAAAUCGAAAUUAACUUUGUUAACUUUGUUGCUGGACCUGCUUUUAAAAAGCCGGAUACAAAUAGAAACUGUUUCCCCUAGAGGGAGCUCUUGAAACUGUUGCAGGAGUGGAUCUGGGGAAUUCUCCAGCUGUAGAGAUUAAAGAUCGUGAGAAUUAGACAUUGACCUUGGACAAGAAUGUGGACAGAAGAAGCCUUAGUGAUUGCUUUUUGCAAAACAAGUGCUUUAUUGGAACAGCUUCAUGAGAAGAUGGAUGCGGUGACUACUAGCAUUGACAAUUUUGGACAAAAAAGGAUUGAUUUGGGACAAAAAGUGAAUACUUAUAAAGAAACUACUCAGGAACCGACCCAGGAAUCUGCUUUGACAUGGCAAGCUGUGGAGAAGACAAAGGAGGAGGUUGUUGUUGAACCUCGAGUAAUACAAGUGGAGAGAGCCUCGGCCUUGUAUGAGCAUAAGCUGUUGCUUUUGAAGACUGAAUCUGGAGAAAGCCAGAUUUGGAGAGAUGGAGUCCCGCUUGGAUUGGAGAAGGAAAGUUGGAAAGAUCCCUUUAUGCAGGGAUGUUCUGGCCUUUGGGAUCUGGUUUUGGGCCAGGGGGAGAUUGGAGUGGCGAGGGCCUUUAACUUUGGAGGGACUUUGAAACAUGCUUUGAAUUAUUUUUUGGAUUUUGGCCCUGUCUAUGGAGAAUGGGCUGACCUGUCGAGAAGGGAUAAAGACAUUGUUAGGUUGGAGUCUUCCCGAGAUCUACUCCUCAGUGACAAAGGAAGGAAUUAAGAACAAGAUCAGCAGAAGACAAAGUAAAGUGUAGGUAUAAAUAUGAAGAAGAUCUGCAGAAGGGACAUGGAAAAGAGUUAAGAGCCUCGGACAGGAGAUCACCAGGUUGAUGGACUAGAUGGAAUGGAUAGAAAAGACUGACAGAACCCAAGACCAGGGUGAAGAGACGGUGAAUGAAGAUUGGAAGAAAGUUUAAAAAAUUUAUUUAGAGAAAUAUUGAAAAAUUUAUGAGUGUUAGAAAAAUGUUGGAAUGAAACUAUAUGGCUUUAGUAGAAAUGUUAUAAGGAGUUAUGUACAAAUAAGUUUUAAGUUUUAGGGUUUUUUAUGGUAAGAUAAGGUUAAAAUAAAUUAAGACAAUUAAAUGACAGAAAAUAGUGAAAGAUGGAAAGGAUUUGCUGAAAUAAUGAAUAACUAGAAUACAAAAAAGGGAGGUGUGAGGAGGUCGAUGAAACAAGUUAAUGAAAGACAAAGAUAUGGAAAUAUUGGAUCUAUUUUUAACUUUUUUGCUUUUGUUUUUGGUCUUGAUGUAUUGUGUGUUUUGUUCUUUUUUUCUUUUUUAUAUGUAUUGAUUUGUAUUGUUUAAUCUCUUUUUCUUUUUCCACUUUUUUCUGUAAUUUUAAACUUUCAAUAAAUAUUAAAAAAAAAUAAUGAAACCAUGGAUAAUUAUUCCUUGCUGCUUGCAGAGUGCAUCUUUCUCCAAGUCUUCAUUAUAUCUGUGAGGAUUCUGCAGACAUGCUUCGGUUGUGCUCAGCUGUUAUGACAGGCUAUGAUCAUCCUGCAAAGUUCCAAGCCAUCUGGGUUUCAAAUUGGCACCUGGGAAUAUAUUUGCAUGCAGUGUAGAAUUAAUAAGAUGAAUCAAAACACCAUAAUCUACUUCUAAGUGACACUCAUUAUAUGAUUAUGUUCAUCAUUUACAUCAGCCUAGCCUUGACAACCUUGCAUUUUGGAAAGCAAAUUAACACUGAUUUGUCUGACGAGGUUGUGCACAAGGAAUCCUGCUUUAUCCAUUUCUAUACCUGAAUAAAAGACCACAGAGCAGGGGUGGCUGAUCAGUGACUUUCCAGAUGCUGUUGGACUACAACUCCCAUCUGCCCCAGCCAACCUAGCGAGGGGUCAGGAAUGAUGGCAGCUGUAGUCCAGUGCCAUCUGAAAGGUCACAAAUUAGCCACAUUAGGUGUCAUAAAGCUGGGUUGCUGCCAUAUACACAAUACUUUCACUAUAAUCAUUUCACCUAUCCUUAUUUUUUUAUUAUCAGGAAGAAAUAUUAGGUUGUAAUUUUUAGUAUGUAGGUAUUCUAAUAAUUAACCUAUCUCUCCUAUCUAUUUCCCCCGCAGUGUAUUUUGAUUAUAAAGAUGAGGCUGGGUUUCCUAAUCCCCCAUCUUACAAUGUAGCCACAACCCUGCCUACUUACGAUGAAGCAGAGAGAACCAAGGCAGAAGCUACCAUACCUUUAGUUCCUGGGAGGGUAAGUGUGAUGAUUUUGUGUCAUGUGCCUUUAGUUAUGGUAUCUCAACCAUGCGAUUUUCAAGGAAGAGUAAGCAUUGACGGUAGCUGCACUUUAGCUUUCUUUUGGGGGAAAGUAUUGUAAACCUAAUGCCGGUAAAUUAGUUUGUCUGACAUUUGCUACCCACCUUGAAUUAUUUCUGUCUUAGGAGGAGGACUUUGUGGCACGGGAUGACUUUGACGAUACUGACCAGCUGAGGAUAGGAAAUGACGGCAUUUUCAUGCUGACUUUCUUCAGUAAGUACACUAAAAAACACACACCUGAAUCUUUGUGACAGAACUGUUAACAUGAUUGAACUAGCAUUUUACUUUCUUUUUUCAAAGAGGUGGUUCGUCCAUAUAGUAGACUAUCUCACCUGAAUAUUGAUUUUCCAUGUUGAUUGUGUGCUACAUGCCUGCUUGGGGUGUGGUUGCUGUCCUUGCUAGUGCAGAUGGGCAACUUUUAUGACAAGCCAGCCGUUUCUGGGCAGAGAAGGGAUUUGUCGUUACUUGGGAUGCAUUUUAUAUUGGAAAGUUAGGAAUGAAACUUGGAAGGGUGGAGUGACCAUUUCUGCUUAAAAACAUAUGAAGUGCAUUGCUGGUUCAGAUCAAAGAUCCCUCUAGUCCAGCACCCUGAGAUACCUCUGUGACUCCCACAAUUGGCACAAAUUGAAAUCAAUUGUGAUUGCUGUAUUCUUUCUAUUUUUCCCCCCUUAGUGGCAUUCCUUUUCAACUGGAUUGGAUUCUUUCUCUCUUUCUGCCUGACUACCUCAGCAGCAGGAAGAUAUGGGGCUAUUUCUGGAUUUGGUCUGUCUCUCAUUAAGUGGAUCUUGAUUGUCAGGGUAAGUUGAGGAGUGGAAAAAGAAGGCUGCAUCAAUAGGUGGGGGCUCUGUGUAUGAUAGACAUUGCAACAAAUAAUUCCCCAGUGGGUCCUCCCUUUGUGAAAGUCCUAAAGACAAAACAUGUACAAAGCAUAUGAAUAUGUCUUUAUUACAUGAAGAAAAUGCAUCUUCAUUGAGUUACUAACCCUGUGCAAGCAUUCUGAAAUUCUGAACACCAUGAUCUUUGCAACCACCAAACAUGAUUUUUGAAAUUGAAAUUAUGCAGAUUUGCACAGUGUGCUUGUUUCAGCUAAUUUGCAUAGCUUCAGAUUACCAAAAGACAGCUCCAUUGAAGAGUAAUUGAAAAAAAAAGAUAUCUAAAUACUUCGCUGUGUAAUUAUGUGAGGUGAAUGUUGUCCCGAAGCGCAUGGAUACUAAAAUCACUCGUGUUUGGUGUAAUGUAUUCCCACAAAUAGUGGGAACAGAUUGGUUAGAUAGGUUGAUGUAGAGGAGCAAACAAAUGCUGUGAUGUAAACUUUCCAUUUUUGAUGAAUGUAAAACUGUAAGGAGAGACUAGAUGCCCUUCGGAGUACUGGCUACGGUAUGCCAAAAUGACCUGCCCAUUUUAUUGAUUAGAUUUUAUUCAAAACUGCAAUAAAAGUUACUGGCACGGUUUGAGAACCAGUUAAAAAUGUGUGUGUGUGUGUGUGUGUGUGUGUAGGUUUCUUGAAUCACAGCAUGGCUUAAUAAAGCCAGACUUGCCUGUUGUUGGAUAGAUAAAACUACAUGUGUAUAACAUAGCUGUUUGAUAAGUAGUGCUUAUUUAGAAUUUCAAUGGCCUUGUACCUUUUAAUUUCUGAAGUGGAGAUAGAAGAGAAAAUGCCUAUGCAGAAGCAAUGAUUUGAGUGGCUGAAAGGAUUUACUGUCUGCAAAGCUUAUAUUCCCCGUUGGAAGUUAUUGGUGUUGCAGUGAAGUCACCCAACACAUUCUGUAUGCAGUUCAUGGACUGGUUUGUGUCAGGGUGGCGAUAGUUGGAGGAUGUGCAAGAAAAAAAUGUGAUUGAAUUGAUUUUAGAUUUUAGAAGCCAGAGAACUCAUGUUUGGUCCUUAAUUGUACAGUCUUUUGUAUUUCAGUAGUUGCAUUUUGCACAUGCAGGAGCUUUCUGUUUUUGGCCAUUAAGCACAGUAUUGUGGAUUCUUGAUUUACAGCUGCUCUUAUGGAUCUCAGGCAAAGAAGCUCUUUUACAUCACCUGCCACCUUAGAAUUCCUCAUCCAGAACAGGUUCUGAGAUUAGCUUUACUACUGGCCAAAAGGACUCUGUCUUGUCUGGAUUAAGUCUGACCUUGUUAGCAUACAUCCCAGACCACUGCAACAAGAAGUGCUUGUGUGUAUCUGGAGAGUUACCUCUUCACAUAGAGAUUUUUCGGAUCAUGUCCUGUCGCCAUGCAGUAUUAAUUUUUGCAGAGAUUUAGGAACUUAACCCCGAGUUACUGGUGGAGUGUGUGUACAAUUUUACAAAAUUUAUAGACUGCUUAAUUAUUAUACUAAACAGUUUACAGAAGAAAUGUGUGCGAUAGCAGUAAUUUAUCCAGCAAUAACUGCUGCUAGUAACAAAAUGCCAGUGCAAAAAUCCUGCAGCUACAAACUGAUUGACCUUAUUCUCCCCCCGCUUUUUUUUUUAGUUCUCCACCUAUUUCCCUGGUUACUUUGAUGGUCAGUACUGGUUGUGGUGGGUGUUCCUUGUGUUAGGUAAGUGUUAAACGUUCAUUUCAGUUUUUACUUUAGGAAUCGUGCAUGAACCUGUUCAGAUCUAGUUGUUAUUCCUUUCUUGUAAUAAUGAUUGUAGUGUAUUUUUAAUGUUGAUUUCAGAAAGGGGCUUUUCUGCCAGUCUUUUAGAUUAGUUCCUAUGCUGGCCACUUGAGAGAACUUUGGCAGAUUUUUGAGAUGUUCCUUUCAAGGAAUCCUGCCAUCUAGUGGACAUUUCAUUCUUUGCAAUAAGAAACCCACAACCUUGUUUGACUGUGGAAAAUGACAGGUACAGUGCUGUAUCUGUCUCUCCUCACCCCUGAGGGAUAAUAGCAACCCUGGGAGUCGUGCUGAUAGGGGGGGAUACUGUAGUUCUCAGAUCCUGAUUGCAAGCUUCCCAUAGGCAUCUGGGCACUAUGAGGACAGAUGGGCCUUUCGUUUGAUCCAGCAGGGCUUUUCUAAAGUUCUUAAAACAACACAGGAGAAAAGAAUUAAAUACCCUCUGGGAUCAAAUUGGCAUCCACACCUGACUUUUUGAAAUAAAGAAGAAAAAAAGUGGGGAAUUUGUUCCACAGGUCUUUUGGGUCACAGUUUAGCCCUCAUUGACUUGGAAAAAACAUUAGUGAUGUUAACUAUUUAGGAAGAGAGUCUUUUUCAAAGCGGAGUAAAUCUGUCAGUGGUGGGUCAGAUCCUCUCGGGAAGCUGGGAGGAUGUAUUUAUAACAGGCUUAGAAAAAUGAACACCACAGAUUUAGAAACAAGUUCAUGAUGAUAGCUGUGUGGUUAAAUAAUAGUGUGAAGAAAACCAUAAAAGGCAAGAAAGCUUCCCUUAAAAAGAAGAAGUCUUGCCAAAAUGAGAACAAAAAUUAUUCCUAAUUCCAGCAAAUAAAUGUGUCAAGCAAGAAAAGGGGGAAAAUGAGGAGAAAGUUGGUAAAGGCAUGAAAACAAAUAUUUCUUCAACUACAUCAGGAACAAGGAACUAGCCAGGGAAGCAAUAGGAACUUUGGACAACAGAGUUGUGAAAGGAAAAUUAAAGGGGGACGCAGAGAUGCUCCCAUGGGUACAAACAUGAGCCUCAGGUUCACUUCCCCUUCCCCACUAUGCAUGAAGUGGUGAGAUUUAAAACUUCCUUUUCUGAUUUGUAAGAAACUGUUGUUUGUCACUGCAUUAAAACCUGGGUUGUUUGUGACUCAUUAACAAAGCAUGGUUUGAACAAACCACCCUUUGCCAGGUUUGGAGGCACUUUCUUCUAAACAGGGCAUGGAAACUUUCAGUAUAUUCUCUCACUCAAAACAGUGUGUGGAGCAUGCAAGGUUCAUAACCAUAAGCCAUAGUAGGUCCAGAUAGUGUGAACCCAAGAACUUUUGCUCAAAAUUGAAACUGCUGAAUUUUCAAUGACAGUAUACCACGUCAUUAAACUCAGCCUCCUGAUGAGAGGAAUGAAAGGUACAUUAGCCAAAGAUGUACAAAUGUGCUUCUGAUCAUGGCCACCUGAUCCUUAUCAGAGGAUUGGAAGGUAACCAAUAUGAUAUCCCCUUCCUCAAAAAAAAGAAGGGACUGAGAGGGAAGGGGAACUGAAGAAAUAACAGACCCUGUCAUGCUAACCUUUUUUCUAAAGUUGGUUAAAAGUCAUUUUGAAGCUGGAAUUAUUAAGCAAAUAAAAGAACAAGUUUUUCAGUCAGCAUGGCUUCUAUAAAGGGAAGUCCAGUUUAGCAACUUUUUCAAUUCUUUGAGAGUAUCAACAAACAUAUAAGUGGUUCAGAAGAUAUAUGGUUGGACAUCCGAAAACAUUUUGAGAAAGUCCUUCACUGCAGGUUCCUGGGUAAGUGUAGCAGUGAUUGGAUAAGAGAAUGGGUAAUCCUGUGGAUCAAUAACUGGUUAAACGAGAGGGAACCAAUUGUAGGAAUGAACCUUGCCUUUCAGAAGAAUGGAAGAUGUGUAUGUGAAAUAUAACUCUGUUAUUUUUUGUUAGGGUUUCUCCUGUUCCUCAGAGGAUUUAUCAAUUAUGCAAAGGUUCGGAAGAUGCCAGAUACAUUUUCCACUCUUCCCAGGACUAGAGUUCUCUUUAUUUACUAAAGGUAAUUCUCUGGGGAAUCUACUUUAAUUCUUUGUGUUUCUUUGCUUGAUUUAAAAAGCAGGACAUCCCACACCCUAUUUAACGUCUUCAGUGCUGUUCACCAAAUAAGAGUGGCUGAUUUAUUUUAUUUGUAGAGCACCAUUUGCUGUUAUCAUCCUAGACACAUUUUGAAGUCCCGUUGAUUUCAGUCACUUCCUCCAACUUCUAAUGUGCACUAAUUGGUAAAUUGGUAUUAAAUUAUACCAAUUUAAUACCAGUUAUACCAAUUUAAUAUUAAAUUAUACUAAAUUAUACCAAUUUGAAAGGACACAUAUGAUAACAUUGCUUUCAUUUCCUUUUUCCUGGAAUCUGGGUAGUGUCUUACAGGAAACCCUUGAGUUUAUUUAUUUUAUUACAUUUAUAUAUCACCUUUUCUUCCAAGUUGCUCAAGUUGCUUUACAUGGUUCUCCUCCCCAUUUCAACCACACAACAAACCUGUGAGGUAUGUUAGGCUGAGAGAUAUGAACUGGCCCAAGGUCUCCCAGUGGGCAUCAUGGGUGAGUGGGGAUUCGAGCCCUGGUCUCCCAGAUCAAGAAUUGCUAGAGCGGUAGCCUUUUUAGAGUCUAGGAUCUUAAAUGGUGGAGCAAAACCCAAGGAAGGCAUGGGAUACAGUGGAUUCUAGUCCAUGAAAGCUUAUGCCACAAUAGAUUCCAGAUUAUUUGUAUUCACUAUGAAUCAUCACUGUACUUUGGAUUGUCCACCAUUUGGUAGCCAAGCCCAAAACCAAAAGUCUCAUAUGGAUGCAUUUUGGCUUGCCUGCUGCUGAAAGUGGCCAUGAGGUGAUUGAUAAUAUCAUCAUUUAUCAGUUUUCGACCCGUAAGUAGUAGCAGUUGCCAGGACAUUGUCCUAUUUGCCUCUGCGUAGUUCUUUCCUUAUUUCAGAUAUUGUGAUAUAUCACAAUGUUUAACUGGUGAUAUAUCGCGAUAUUGAAAACCAGUUAUUGCCCUGCCCUAGACACCACAAAAUUUGACAUGGGAAUCUCUGUAUGCACCUGCCAAGCAGAUGUUGAGUGCUGGGUUAGAAGGGCCUAGAAGCUGAGAAAAGAGUACUGUACUUAGUUCAAAAUAUUUGAAAGACAUGCCCUUGCCAUUCCAUAGAAACUGUUACCCCAGAGAAACCUGGAGAUAUUCUGUCCAGGACAGUAGUGGAAAAAUGAAAGUUUCAACUGGAUGUUAUUAAGCAUGCAUCCUAUAAAACGGAACCUUAGUUUUCCCUUUCCACUUUUCUUUUUAGCUGGCCAGCAACCGCACAAGCUGUAAAAGGUUUGCCUUUCCUUCCAGUAGUUAAUGAGAUACAUGGCUAGACCACACACAGAAAGAAGAUUUCUUUAGCAGUGGUGGGACACUUUAAAAAAACCAAACCCAACCACCAUCAUGACAUGGGCCAUGUAAGAAACGCAGUUGGCACCCACCACAUUAGAACAUUUGAGCUGGAAAAAGCUAUUUAAAAAAAGAGAAAUACUCUGUGGUUAGGGUUUCUUUACUUCCUUAGUAAGGUUUGUGGUGUCCUCUGUAGUCCUUUUGGAUCUGAAAUUCACACUGAAUUCCAAACUUCCCUGCUCCUAUGUUUUUUUCCCUCAGUUCCAAUGUUAGAAACACCAUUAACUAGUAGGCCACUCUUGUUCUUUUGCUCUUGCUGGAACCAUUAAAUACAAUUUUUAUCCGAAUGUAGCUUUUUCAAGCUACUUUUUUUUGGGGGGGGAGAGGGGGAAUCAUUAUCUUCUUAGCCUAACCUACCUCACGGGGCUGUUGUAAGUACAGAAUAAAAUUGGGAGAGCCAUGUACAGAUCUUUGAGCUCCUUCAAGGAAAGGGGGAAUAGAAAGGUAAUAAGAAAUAAUACGUUGAAGCUGCUUGGUUCUUUAUAACAAAUUUCACAGGACUAGAAAGAUGACUGAUUAUUUGAAGUGUAGUAUAAUCCUGUGCACGUUUACCCUGAAGUAAGCCUGACUCAGUUCCAUGGAGUUUACUUGAAAGUAAUCUUAAGUAGAAUGGGAGGCUUGACCUUGUGCUCACGUGGGAGGCCAUUGGCUGGUGCAUAUGUAACCAUAGUUAAGGGCUUAGGAGCCAGCCACAGGAUUGCAUGCUUCCUAUGUCUAGUCUGUCCUUGUUCAUACACAAAAUCACCCAGCCUCUCUUAAUUCUUGCUUAACAGCACAAAGCAGUGUAUUCUAAUAACUCCUCCCCCCAUAUACCCCUCCCCACCUUUUUCCCUGACAGGGACUCAAGGUGGCUUACAGAUAAAAAGAAAACUAAAAACAUAGAAAUAAUAAUAAUUUAAAAACAAUUAAACAUUGAUAGAAUUAAAACUCUCUCUUUCAUUCUCUUUCUAUACACACACACACACACACACACACACAUAUAAAAUCUUAUUAAAACCAUACAAAUAAUUAUAAUAAAACAGCACUGUACCAGCCCUCUCAUUAGGAGCAGUCCGUUCCCAAAAGCCUGUUGGCAAAAGCCAAUUUCCUUAUUUUUUUGUUUCAUAUCCAUAAGAUCAGCAGGGCUUUCAGAUCCCUGUCUAUCGGAAAUAAAUGUACUGCUACUGUAAUUUGUGAACAAAACACCAGAUCAGCACUUGUCCUUGUUUUUACCAUUUACACUCUUGGAGGUGGUUCUUCUUCUUCUUCUUCUUCUUCUUCUUCUUCUUCUUCUUCUUCUUCUUCUUCUUCUAUCUUCUAUCUUCUUAAAUUCCCUGAGAACUUUAAAAGGCCUGUGGCCCUGAUGACAAGAAAAUGUUGUUUCUUGUAAUAGUUGGUUACUCUGCCCACAUCCUCCUACAGCCUAAGCAAGAACACUGCUAAGAGGUGUGCUUAGCAUUAAUUUGUAUAAAAGUUAACCAGCCUAGCGCAGGAGGGGGAACAGUGAGCAGCCACGUAUGAACAACAGUGCCGCCCUGUGCCUGUGAAUGGUUCCUUUUGGAGCUACUUAAACUGGAUGGUAAAAUCCAGCAUAUCGUUACCAAUCUUAAUCUUUUGAAAAGAUAUAAAAAUUGCUUGAUAAUGAAAAUUUACUGAUUCUCUCCCCCCCCCCCCAUUAUGCUAGGGAUACCAUAUGUCUGGGAAAAACCUCUUUUUUGGGGGGGGGCAACAUGCCCAUCCGAGUGGACUUUUACAUUUCAAAGGAAAUCUUGGGGGGGUUGUUUGGACUCGUAGUUGGAGGGCAGCUUGGGCUGCUCUGCAGGCCGCGGCUGCUGCCAGCCCAAGCCGGGGAAAGAGGCAUGUGGGCACAGUGACCACGCCCACCUUCACCCACCAACUUCUUUCCCCAGCUCGGACUGGCAGCAGCUUGGCCUGUCCUCUUUUUUGCUCUUCAGCCCUAAUUAUGUAGCUCUUAGAGACACAAACUCUGACACACACACACACACACACACACACACACACACGGGUGUAUGCUUUUGAUGUGGUCCAGUUUCUGGGUGAUUCUGCUAGUUUAAAGUAUUUUAAUUCUAAACUUAAACUCAUGUAAUCAAGAAGAUUUCUCUCCCCCCCUCCAUCCCCGGUUAGGUUUUUUUUUGUGCGGGUGGGAGGAAUAGGGUUGGAAUUUAUUGUACCUCUGUUCCUGUGCCAUACCAGAAAUAAAGUUUGACCGUGUACAUUUUGUUCAUCAGUCACAGAGGCACAGGAAUGAGGUCAGAAUUAAAUGUAACAGGCAAGGUGGGAACUAGAAACAAAGGAUUCAAAAACUAGUGAACAGUUGUGCAUUUGCGUAUGAAAAACGUAUUCUAAGAUUGUAAACAUCCUUCUCUUAGCUAAAAUAGUAACUGUGCUUUUGCUUUUUUCAGACUGAUGUUUUCUGGCAACAUUUUCCUGCAUUGAUGAGUUCUCCCUUAAGUGGACACCUGCAGGAAAUAAAUCAAGACUCUCAACACAGAAGGAAAAAAAAUAAUCACCCGCUUUAAAAUGAAUGAAGUACUGUUGGAAAAAAGAAGCAUUUCUUUCUAUUUGUUUCUAGAUGUAAAAUUUUAAUAGUUUAAUGCAGAACUCCUGUAAUCAUUGAAUCAUUAGUGGCUAAUGUUUGAAACGGCUCUUGCAAUCAAGUCUGUGAUGUUACUAAUAAUGCCUUAUAUAGUAUUUGUAGUUCUUUAAAUAGCAUGAGCUAUUGCCCUGCAGCCAGAAGGGGUCAGUCUUGCUUUUUGUUCUCCUUAAAAUUGAACUUUGAAUAUGUUUUCUUAGUGUAAGAUAAGUAAUAAUGCUGGCCAUUGUGAAGGGGUGUUCUUGGAACUUUAGAAAUUUGUUUUGACUGUAUUUCUGCACAUAGUAUGUAUCUGUUGUUAAAAUAAAAUGAAAACAACCUGGAAAUAAAAUCUACAUGUACCAUGUGGAUGUUUUUAAGGCAUAGUAGUGAAAGAGCAUUAAGAAGCUGGUACAAGUAUUAACUCUUGGUAGUAUGUAUUCAGUAUUUCUUACUGUUGUACUGCACACUUUUUGGGUAGGAACUCUCAUAGUAUAUGUUGGUGGUAUCAAAUUCAAAGAAUUUGAUAAUGUGGUGUAUAAAAUGCGAAAGCACCUAAAAUAAUUUGAUAAUGCAGUGCAUAAAAUCAGAAAGCACAUCGCCAUUUUUGUUGACUUUAGAACUUGAAAUGGUUCCUAACAUAGCUGUACUUCUUGCUUUUCUAAUUUCUGGUGCAUUCAAAUAUAGAUUAAUGUGCACUUGUGUGAUUUCUGCAAAGCAGUAAUUCAGAGUUUUAUUAUGUUAAAACUGUAAAUAUAGCAGAAUGUUAAUAAAUGUCACUUAUAUUACUAGGGCUUUCUUUUUGCUG